UCCUGUCACUCAUUUCCAUCCGGAAGAGCCCAGCCUCGGAGCCGGCUGGCUCCCUAGCAAUCCUCACGCCCUCCAACCCGAGACUUUCAGAGAUUUGUAACCGCUUUGUCCUGAUACGUGUUAAACCUCUUUAGAAGAUGGCCGAUCCUUGGCAGGAAUGCAUGGAUUAUGCAGUUAUCCUGGCGAGACAAGCUGGAGAGAUUGUUCGUGAAGCUCUAAAAAAUGAAAUGAAUAUUAUGAUUAAAAGUUCUCCAGCGGAUUUGGUAACUGCUACCGACGAGAAAGUUGAAAAAAUGCUUAUUUCUUCCAUAAAGGAAAAGUAUCCGUCUCACAGUUUCAUUGGUGAGGAAUCUGUGGCAGCUGGGGAAAAAAGUGUCUUAACUGACAACCCAACGUGGAUCAUAGACCCUAUUGAUGGAACGACUAACUUUGUACAUGGAUUUCCUUUUGUGGCUGUUUCAAUUGGCUUUGUUGUAAAUAAAGAGAUGGAGUUUGGAGUUGUAUACAGUUGCAUGGAAGAUAAGAUGUACACUGGCCGGAAAGGAAGAGGUGCCUUUUGUGACGGUCAAAAACUGCAGGUUUCACCUCAAAAAGAUGUUACCAACUCACUCUUGGUGACAGAGUUAGGCUCUUCCAGAACACCGGAGACUGUGAGAAUUAUUCUUUCUAAUAUGGAAAGGCUCCUUUGCAUUCCCAUCCAUGGGAUCCGAGGUGUUGGAACAGCAGCCCUUAAUAUGUGCUUUGUGGCAGCUGGAGUUGCAGAUGCAUUUUAUGAAAUGGGAAUUCACUGCUGGGAUAUGGCAGGUGCUGGCAUUAUUGUUACUGAAGCUGGUGGAGUCCUCAUGGAUAUAACAGGUGGACCAUUUGAUUUGAUGUCACGAAGAGUAAUUGCUUCAAGUAAUAAAGCAUUAGGAGAAAGAAUAGCCAAAGAAAUUCAGAUAAUACCUCUUCAAAGAGAUGAUGAAGAUUAAUUUUAACAGCUUCACACAUUCAGUCCCAGUCACAUCUCUCCAGGCUUGCUGGUGCAUUGAUGGGUGUUACAGAAUUUGGGACAUCUGUUUCACCUGAAUAAUAUGAUUGGCUUAAAUUGUCUUUGAUGCCCAGAUUGAAAAAUUGCUACUUGUUCUGCAUUUUACCAAGAGUAGGCCUGCAAGAAUGGAUGAAAUAUUUGCUUUAAAAAUUUCUGUGUGUUAAGACUGUACUCUGGGAAAAAAGACGCAGGCAGUUGUUGAGAUAGGUAUCACAUCCACUGAAAUAGUCAAUUAGCAAUUUAGAGUUUCCAAGUAUUUAUGCGUGAGCCUCUGAAAUUUUGACAGUUUUGUGCAUGUGCAUUCUUAAUUAGAAAGUUAAAUUUUGGGGAAAAAAUUUUUUUCUUUAGUUCCAAAAGCCAUACUUAAUUAAAUUUGUAAGAAGUAUAUAAUGAAUACUUUCCUAGACAAAAGGUUUCUUUCUUUGCAGAGAACCUUGUUUUAUUCAUCAGUAUACAUGUAGCACCAAACAUGGUGCCUAUAAAAUAGAAGGCAAUCCAAAAAUAAGCCUUGAAGGGAUGGAUAUUUUGACGGUAGCAGUUCCUAGUUGCUGCAUAAAGUAAUGAGCUCAUCAUUCUGUAGUUUCACUUCAGGUUUGGAAGUAAAAAUUAUCUAGUCAUCCUUUUUAUAUUUCAUAUCACCAUUCCUUUUAACAUUUCUCAUUUCCAUGGCAUUUCAAUUACUGUACCUCCUUAUAUCAUUUAUAAUUAUGGGCAUUUCCCUAGUUUGUAUAUUUUUCAAAACACUGCAUUACCAUAUUUGCUUUGAUUUCUUUAAAGUCUCUAUAUAAAAGAAAAGAAGCGGUUUCAAAAGAGCUAAUGUAACUAGAUACUGUAUGACACUUUACUGAAUUCAAAAUUCAGAUUUUAAAGAUGUUCAAACUGAUCUGGUUGAGCACAGGAAAGCUGGGACCUGGCAGAUACACUGCAUUAUGAAGAUCAAACUAUGUGUUUCUUCCCAAACUCCUUAUUUUACUCCGUCGCUACUAGAUUCUGUUCAGCCUUUAAAUAUUCCUUAAUAGUCUGUCUUCUCAAACUCAAAAAAGAAAUUGCUCUGGGUCAUAGAUAUUUUUAAAAGAUUAAUUUAUUGCUUAGCCUUGACACUUGGCAAGUGAACAGACCAUGAAGUUUUGUUAUAGGCUCAUGUGAGCUGUAUAUUUGAUGCAAUGAAAAAUGCUUCUACCAAGUUUUCAAGCCAGGGGGUUAUUUUAUUGUGCACAUCUAAUACGUCAGAUAUAUAUGAACUAAGAUUUGAGCAUUAUAGUUACUGUAUUUGUACUGUUGCUCACAUGUAUUUCAUACUGUACUAUUCUAAAACAGGUUGUUUUUGCAGUUAAAUUUAUUGUAAUUAAGAAUAAAUUUGAAAUAAAAAUAUAAUUGGUGCGCUGA